CUCUGCAGCUCACGUUGGUGCACAGAAGAAUCCAGCUUGCUCUCCCAACGCUCUGUGGCAUCUGCAGGGCUAAGAAGGGCAGAAAACUUCUUCUUGACAGUAGACUCAGCAGAUUGGAUUCUGUAGUGAGCAAAGAGGAUGGUCAUCUUCCAGCCAUAAUCACCACACUUGAAAAGCUCUGGUUACUAGAUAGCCAUGUCGGCCAAAGCCAUAUCUGAGCAGACGGGGAAGGAGUUCCUGUACAAAUAUAUCUGCACAUCCUCAGCCAUUCAGAACCGCUUCAAGUAUGCCAGAGUGACAUCAGACACCGACUGGGAUCGGCUGACCCAGGAUCAUCCCUGGCUCCUGACUGAGCGUCUGGUGGUGAAGCCGGAUCAGCUAAUAAAACGGCGUGGGAAGCUCGGAUUAGUUGGCGUUAAUCUUGACCUGGGUCAGGUGAAGGCUUGGCUCAAACUACGUCUUGGACAAGAAACUACGAUCGCUAAAGCUACAGGUAUCCUUAAGAACUUCCUGAUCGAGCCCUUCGUCCCUCACCAGCAGGAAGAAGAGUUCUACGUGUGCAUCUAUGCUGCCCGCGAGGGGGACUAUGUGCUCUUCCACCAUCAAGGGGGUGUGGACGUGGGAGAUGUUGAUGCCAAAGCUCAGAAGCUCUUGGUGAGGGUGGAUGAAAAGCUCAGUGCCUCUGAUGUGAAAAAACAUCUCUUGGUGCACGCACUGGAGGAGAAGAAAGAUGUCCUGGCUAGCUUCAUAUCUGGCCUUUUCAACCUUUACGAAGACUUGUAUUUCACAUACCUGGAGAUAAAUCCACUAGUCGUGACUAAAGAUGGCGUCUAUGUUCUGGAUUUGGCUGCAAAGAUUGACGCUACUGCUGAUUACAUCUGCAAAGUGAAAUGGGGGGAUGUGGAGUUCCCCCCGCCCUUUGGCAGAGAGGCUUAUCCAGAGGAAGCCUAUAUCGCUGAUCUGGACGCAAAGAGCGGAGCCAGCUUGAAACUGACUCUUCUCAACCCCAAGGGGAGGAUCUGGACCAUGGUGGCUGGAGGAGGGGCAUCUGUGGUCUACAGUGACACCAUUUGUGACCUGGGGGGUGUAAAUGAACUGGCAAACUAUGGGGAAUACUCUGGAGCCCCUAGUGAGCAGCAGACCUACGACUAUGCGAAGACCAUUCUCUCCCUCAUGACUCGGGAGAAGCACCCAGAGGGCAAAAUCCUGAUAAUUGGAGGCAGCAUUGCUAACUUCACCAACGUGGCAGCCACCUUUAAGGGUAUUGUGAGAGCCAUUAAGGAUUACCAGGGCCGUUUGCAAGAGCAUGGCGUGAGGAUCUUUGUACGGAGAGGAGGCCCUAACUACCAGGAAGGGUUGCGUGUCAUGGGUGAAGUGGGAAAAACCACCGGGAUCCCGAUCCAUGUCUUUGGGACAGAGACCCACAUGACCGCCAUUGUAGGCAUGGCACUCGGCCAGCGACCUAUCCCUAAUCAGCCUCCUGCGGCAGCCCACACUGCCAACUUCCUCCUCAAUGCCAGCGGUAGCUCUUCUACACCAGCACCAAGCAGAACUGCCUCUUUUUCUGAGUGCAAACCUGAUGAGAUUGCUCCAGCCAAGAAAGCGAAGCCCACGACACCUCCUGAUUCAGCCCCAGCUUCAAGACCUGUGCAAGGUAAAGCCACGACCCUGUUCAGCUGUCACACCAAAGCUAUCGUUUGGGGGAUGCAGACACGAGCUGUGCAGGGCAUGCUGGACUUUGAUUAUAUCUGCUCCAGGGAUGAGCCAUCGGUCACUGCCAUGGUUUAUCCAUUCACUGGCGAUCACAAGCAGAAAUUCUAUUGGGGCCACAAGGAAAUCCUGAUCCCUGUCUUCAAGAACAUGUCUGAUGCCAUGAGGAAGCACCCAGAGGUAGAUGUGCUGAUCAACUUUGCAUCUCUACGGUCUGCUUAUGACAGUACUAUCGAGACCAUGAACUUUCCACAGAUCCGCACCAUUGCCAUCAUUGCCGAAGGCAUUCCAGAGGCACUGACACGCAAACUAAUCAAGACUGCUGACAAGCAAGGGGUUACCAUAAUCGGGCCUGCGACUGUUGGUGGGAUCAAACCUGGAUGCUUUAAAAUAGGCAACACGGGGGGGAUGUUGGAUAAUAUCCUGGCAUCAAAACUCUACCGGCCUGGCAGUGUAGCCUAUGUUUCCCGCUCUGGAGGAAUGUCCAAUGAGCUCAACAACAUAAUCUCCAGAACCACAGAUGGGGUCUAUGAAGGUGUGGCUAUUGGCGGAGACAGAUAUCCUGGAUCAACUUUCAUGGACCAUGUAUUACGCUAUCAGGACACACCGGGAGUGAAAAUGAUUGUGGUGCUGGGGGAGAUUGGAGGCACAGAAGAGUACAAGAUCAGCAGGGGUAUUAAAGAGGGCCGCAUCACUAAGCCUGUUGUCUGCUGGUGCAUUGGUACCUGUGCCACCAUGUUCUCUUCAGAGGUGCAGUUCGGCCAUGCAGGGGCUUGUGCCAACCAGGCUUCUGAAACUGCUGUUGCAAAGAACCAGGCCCUGAAAGAAGCUGGAGUAUUUGUUCCCCAGAGUUUUGAUGAGCUUGGAGAUGUAAUUCAGUCUGUGUAUGAAGAUCUCGUUUCCAAAGGAGUGAUCGAACCAGCCCAGGAAGUGCCUCCCCCCACUGUACCAAUGGACUAUUCUUGGGCAAGGGAGCUGGGUCUGAUCCGGAAACCAGCUUCUUUCAUGACCAGCAUCUGUGAUGAGCGGGGCCAGGAGCUGAUCUAUGCUGGGAUGCCUAUCACCGAGGUCUUCAAAGAGGAGAUGGGAAUUGGUGGGGUCCUGGGCCUGCUCUGGUUUCAGAGGAGGUUACCAAAGUACGCCUGUCACUUCAUUGAGAUGUGUUUGAUGGUAACAGCAGAUCAUGGACCUGCCGUAUCGGGAGCCCACAACACCAUUGUCUGUGCAAGAGCUGGGAAAGACCUGGUCUCUAGUCUCACCUCAGGCCUUCUCACUAUUGGAGACCGAUUUGGUGGUGCGCUGGAUGCCGCAGCUAAGAUGUUCAGUAAGGCCUUUGACAGUGGUAUUAUCCCUAUGGAGUUCGUCAACAAGAUGAAGAAAGAAGGGAAACUGAUCAUGGGCAUUGGACACAGGGUCAAAUCAAUAAAUAACCCAGAUAUGAGAGUUCAAAUUCUCAAGGACUACGUGAAGCAGCAUUUUCCUGCUACCCCACUACUGGACUAUGCACUUGAAGUAGAAAAAAUUACAACUUCCAAGAAACCAAAUCUUAUCCUGAAUGUGGAUGGCUUUAUUGGAGUCGCCUUUGUUGAUGUGCUCAGGAACUGUGGCUCCUUCACCCGGGAAGAAGCAGAUGAAUAUAUCGACAUUGGAGCCCUCAAUGGCAUCUUCGUGCUUGGCAGAAGUAUGGGGUUCAUUGGACACUACCUGGAUCAGAAGAGGCUGAAACAAGGUCUGUACCGUCACCCGUGGGAUGACAUCUCCUAUGUUCUACCAGAGCACAUGACCAUGUGAUAGCCAGUAGCAUUGCUUCAAAACAGAGAAGCAAGUCGCCUGCAUGGAAGACCGUUACAUAUGGGACUUAAAUGUAAAGGCCAUAGGUUUAUAGAAAUCAAGAACUACUGUGCAAAGCAGCUGUUCUAUAAGCAUAGAAACUGAUGCAAAUAAAACCAAAAGUGUGAGAUUCCAUAUGCUACCUGCUGUAUUUCAUGCUUGGAAGCAGUUGAACUUUGUCUCUUCUCCCCAGCCUCUUUUAAUUUUUCUACUCGUUUUAUUUUGUGUGUGUUCUGACAAGAUUUUAAGAUGGGAGGGGGGGUUGUUUUUUGCUCAUGGACACAGCUGCUUUUGACUUGAAGAACUAGACAUGUUAGCUUGAAAAUAAGUUGUAACCUUCCUGACAAAAGGAGGAACCAAAACCUGAAGAAUAUUGUUACCCAUCAGCUCUGGGUUGGGGUUCUCUCGUAGGUUGUUUUUCAGCUUUGUUUGCUCUGUGUUUACUCUACCGCCCAAUAAUAUCCUAUGUAGUGGGACCACUGCUGAUAUAGCCAAUGCCAUUCAAACUUUGGUGUAGUAAUUUAAAAUGUAAAGUUGUAACAUAUACUCUUGGUAAAACUGUGAAACUACCUGUAUUGCAUUUUCUAUAUUUACACGGCCACCACAUUACUUACAGGAAUCGCUGGCCCCCUACAUUAUCAUUAAUUAUAGUUGCUAUAAUAAUCCUACUUGUCUCUAUAUUAUUGUAACCUAACUUAAAUAAACAAUACAUUAAUCAUUUUUA